CGCGCGCGCCCCCGGCCCAAUCCCCGUCGUCGAUAUUUUGGUCCCCCAGCCCGACGUGUCCGUCCCAGCCACGCUGGGUCGACCACGCGCGGCGAUCCGCAGCCAAUCGCGCGCGCCCUCUCCCGCCGUCAGCCAUUUGCCCUCGCGCCCGUCGAGCCCGGCAGCUCGGCAACCCGGCCAAGGCUGGCUCAGCCCCAGCCCCCCGGAACCAACAGCUUCCCGAACCCCAUUAUGUGGGUAAGCUAGUUGGCCGUCGUCAGCAACGUCGUUCUUCAGCCCAGCGGCUGACCUGGCGAGCGGGCGGGGGGAGGGGGAAGAACCCUUCGCGAUUGGCCUGCCCGCACCGCGUUACGCCGUCGCUGUCGAUAUCGUCCUGACGGAGACGAUAUGUAUAAAGGGCCGGAGCCCUUCCGGCGACGUCCCUACUUUUUUAUCUCCCUUCUGCUACCACCCUCGCCUUCAUCGCCAUCACCAUCAACAACUUUCCUACUUUUACUUUUUUCCUCUUUUCUCUUUUCUCUUUCCAUUUCCAUUUCCGACUCUCUUGUUCUGGUUCUUCUGGUUCUUCCUCUCCCGACAGCUCUUCUCUCGGACCGCUCAAUCUCCCUCUACGCAAUCCCGCCAAUUAUCUCGUCCACCCACCAGUCCACCCCGUGAAAAUGUUCGCCAAGGCCAGCACCGUCGCCGCUAUCCUGGCAUUCUGCUCCGUCGCCUCGGCGGCCCCCGCGCCCUGGUCCAGCGUCGGCCCCCACACCGAGACCGCCUCCGCCACCAAGGCCGCCGCCACCGCCGCCCCCGUAUCGUCAACCACCGCUACCGCCACUACCGCUACUACCGCCCCGGCCAAGACCCCCGCCGCCGCCACCCCCCCCUCGGGCCUCAGCAAGGUGCAGCAG